CACAUCUAGUCUCACUUUAGCAUACGGUUUAAUACAUGUAUCCUUCAUAUCUGCAUUUAUGAUGGACCAGAACUUUUGCAUCAUUUUAUGCAUCUUUUGUGUGUCUCAGUCGCUGAUGGCUUUUAACAUUGAUCCUUCAACCUGGAAAACGUUCACUGUAUCACAGAAUGUAUCCUUUGGCUAUAAGGUUAUACAGAAAGACACAAGUCUGAUCGUGAGUGAUCCUUUAAUUCAAAUCAGUCAAGAUCAAAGAGGACGGAUUUAUAACUGUUUGGUCACAGAAGGAACCUGCUCAUCACUGAACAUUAAUGUGCCCUCGGAAGCUGUCAGCAUGUCUCUUGGACUUUCCAUGGUUCAAGAUCCACAAUCUUCAAAGGUGGCGAUUUGUGGUCCAACCAUUCCAAAGAAAUGUGUAGCAGCUACCAACUACAGAGGCAUGUGCUUUAUCCGUGAAAACAAUGUGUUCAAAUCACCAAUACCAAGCCCUAAAUACAGAGACUGUCUUGGUCAGAUCGACAUAGCUUUUCUAUUAGAUGGAUCGGGGAGUGUAGGGGAGUAUGAUUUUGGGAUCAUGAAGACUUUUGUGACAAAUGUGAUCAGACGUUUUACUGAGCGGGAUGCACAGUUUGCCAUUGCACAGUACUCCAAUGGUUGUGAAAUUCAUUACAAUUUCAAUGAACUCAAAACUGAAGACAGCACAUGGGAGUCUAAGGUGACAAGUAUACGGUACUUUAUGGGUGCCACUUACACUGCAAAUGCCAUCCAAAAACUUGUGAAUGAGCUAUUUACAUCAGCUGGAGGGGCAAGACGAUCUGCCAAAAAAAUCUUGCUUGUCAUUACUGAUGGAGUGUCACAUGACAGGAACUCAUUGCCAUAUGUAGCAUCACUGGCAGAGGCAAAGAACAUAGUACGAUUUGCCAUCGGGGUUGGCAAUGCUUUUGCUGAUGCCAAUGCAAAAAAGGAGUUGAAUACAAUCGCUUCUGAUCCAGACAAUGAUUAUGUGUUUAAAGUGACAGACUUUACUGCACUAAAUAAUAUUCUUCAAAAACUGGAAGAGAAUAUUAUUGCGAUUGAAGGAACUCAGACUUCAGGUGAUUCUUCUAGAAUGGAGUUUGCACAGGAUGGAUUCAGCACAGCUUUCACAUCAUAUGGAAGUGUGUUAGUGAGUGCUGUGGGAGCUUUCCAGUGGAAAGGUGGAUAUCAGGAAUAUUUUCCAGACUUUUCCUUUCAAACAGGCAGUGAGCAUGAAAGCUAUCUAGGUUAUUCAAUGGCUGUUGCGAAUGUGGCAGGGACCAGCUAUGCUAUUCUAGGAGCUCCAAGAUACAAGCAUCAAGGACAAGUCAUCGUAUCACAAAUCAGAGCCUAUCAUGAUAAACAGCUGGACUCUCCCAGGCCUCAGAUUGGUUCAUAUUUUGGAGCUGAGGUUUGUGUGGUGGAUUUGAACAGUGACUCCAAAACAGACCUUCUCUUGAUAUCUGCACCAACGUACAUGGAGCCUGACCGAGAGGGCAGAGUGUUUGUUUACACCUUUACGAGUCAGUUCAUUUUUUCCGGUGUGGUGCUGGUGGGAAUGGCAGGUCAGAGGGGUCGGUUUGGUUCUUCUCUGGCCAAUCCAGCAGAUCUGAAUGGUGAUGGUUUCAGAGAUGUGCUGAUUGGAGCUCCUCUGGAGGGGAAUGGACAGGGCAGCAUCUACGUCUUCAAUGGUGGAGUAGAUCAAAUAAAUCCCACAUAUUCACAGAGGAUUACUGGAUCAUCUGUGCGACCAGGUUUGCGGUUCUUUGGGAUUUCGUUGAGUCAGUCCUCUCUAGACCAGACUCAAGACAGCCUUCCUGAUAUUGCUGUUGGGUCCAUGGGAGAAGUUCUGCUUCUCAGGUCCAGACCCAUCAUGCUCUUGACCACAAAUGUAACUUACAACCCAUCCAAAAUACCAACCAGUGUAACAGACUGCUCAAAGCCAUUGCAGAACACCCUGACCGUGUGCUUCACCAUGAGUGGAUUCAAACACAGCCUAACAGGUUUGGCUGCAAAUAUUAAUUACACCAUAAUGCUGGAUGCCAAGCGACAGAAAUAUCGAGCAUAUUUCACAGCCAAAAACCGUCUCCACAAUGAUGUGAUGAACAUAAAAUUGCAGGAGGCUUGCAAAAGUCAUGCUUUCCUUAUAGAAGCUUGUCCAGAAGAUGCUCUGAAUCCAUUGUCCAGUGAGUUAACAUUCACAUUUGAGGGUCUUCCAUCUACAUCUAGAACAAUGCAAAACUUGAGGCCAGUACUGCUGCCGGAGAUAAAGACCACCACAGACCACAAUCUAGAUUUUGAGAUAAACUGCGGAACUGAUAAUCUGUGUGUUGAUGACCUCAGAAUGGAUUUCAAUUUCUCUGGAUCUACAAACAUAGAGGUUGGGAUCAUGCAGGAGAUCAAUGUGACAGUGUUUGUAGAGAACAGAGGAGAAAACUCAUACAACACAAUCUUCAUCCUAAACUACCCCUUUGGACUUUCCUACAGGAGAAUUACAUCUAAACAGGGCAGAGUGGAGUGUGUGUCUCUGGAUGGUGUGCAAGGAGUUAAACUAGGAAAAACCACCUGCUUCAUCAGUAAACCCAUCCUCAGGGACAACUCUCAGGUUGUCUUUGAGAUUACAUACAGCAUUAAUAAAGAAAGUACACUGGGCCAAAAUGUGACGUUUAAGGCUGAGGUCACAAGUGGGAAUGACAGACACUUGAGCAGCAGUGGAUUUUUUAAAAUGAAGACCAUUGGUGUCAAAUAUGCCAUCUAUAUUGCCUUGAUAAGGCAUGAAAAUUCCACCAUCCACAUUAAUUUUACUUCAGGGAAAAAGGAUCUUAUGAAACCAGUCCAGCAGAUAAUAAAGAUCGAAAAUGACCUAAGAGAAUUAACUUUCAAGGUUUUCAUCAAAGUACCAGUCAAAGUUGGUGAUGCUGACAUCUGGACGAAUUCAAGUCUGCAAAUAUUUGGCUGUAAGAGGGAGAACAUUCAGAAGCCUGUUUUCACCAAUUAUAUGGACAUUAUUAUAAGUCAACGCAUAGUGAACUGUUCUGUGGCGGUGUGUGCUGAGUUCAGCUGUGACGUCACUCUCAUAAAGAAUGAAAGGAUUCUCUAUAAUAUAACUGGCAAUGUCAGCUCUGGAUGGAUUGAGCAGACUGAACUCAGAGCUGCUGUUUUUCAGCUGGUCAGUUCAGCGUCUCUGGAUUAUAACAAGAACAAAUAUGUUUUCUUUUCCUCUGAUUCUCAACAAACUGCACCGUCUGUCCAGAUUAAUACUCAAGUGGAAGUGUACGAGGAGGCUGACCUGACUAAAGAGAUCAUUGGAGGAGUAAUAGGAGGACUGCUGCUACUGGCUCUCAUCACAGCUGCCCUCUAUAAGGCUGGAUUCUUCAAAAGCCAGUACAAGCAGAUGCUGGAGGAGGCUCAGGGGGACACAGAAGGACAGCCACAAUAAUCUGCUCUCAAACUGUUAGGAGAUGCUAGUGUGUUUUGUGUGUUUGAGGAUGAAACAUGAAUCACCUCAGAAAAAAAUAUUUCAGCCUGCUUUAAAACACUUUAUAAGAAUAACAUUUUGAACUUACGUCAUAUCAUUUCUCAUUAUGAUCUCAUCAGUGAGCUUAACAAUGAGUUACCACAAUGAAAGUAUUUCAAAUAUUGCUUAACUUCCUUCUUUGUUAUGAAAACUGAUGAAGAACUAUAGCAGAAGUAUUAGUAAUAUUGGACGAACUCACAAUUCUGAGUUCAUAUAUCACUUUUAUUCCUCUGAAUUCUGAGUUUACAUUUUGAGUUAGAAUUUUUUAAUCUACCGUUUUAAUUUUUUUAAUUUACAUAUCACAAUUCUUUUCCUCUAAGAAAACUUUUCCUCUAAGAAUUUAGAGAUUAUAUCUUGCAGUUCUGAGUUAAUAUCUCACAAUACUGAUUUUUGUUUUCUCAGAAUAGCAAGGAAAAAAGUCAGAAUUGUAUAGUAUCACAAUUCCUUUUUUUUUUUUUAUUCCAUGGCAGAAACAAAGGCUUAAAUAACAUAAUAGGGAUUUGCUCUGGGUGUAUUUAAUUAUUUAAUUUUUUUUACUGCUUUCUGCUUAAUACAGAAAUAUUAUUUUGCUAAAUGUUCUUAUUAUUUGCAGAUAAUGUUUAUAUAAACACACACACACAAACACAAACAAUGUUGUCAAAGCGUAAAAUAAAAGCGAAAAUGAAAUAUUUUUGGCCAUAUUGUCAUGCCCCUAGACUGUCUUUGUUUUGUUUUCUCUCCCCAUGUGCUCCGUGAUCCAGUUUCUCCCCUGUCAAAUUAGUCAUUCUGUUCACCUGUGUUCAUCCCAAUUACCUCAUUAUCCCAUGUAUUUUAGUUCCAGUCUGUGUGUUCCUCCUUUGUUGGCUCUAUAAGUUGUGUUUGUGUGUCAUACACCCUCUCCUUCUGUGUGGAUUUACCCUGUUUAUUGGAUUUAUUAAAAGACAGUUUUGUUUA